AUGGCACUGUUUUUUCUGUUUCUUCUUGUGUGUGUUCCUCUCCUAUCUCUCCUCUACCUUCUUUCAAAAAUCAUCAAAAACAGAUCAUGUUCAUAUCCGCCAGGCCCUCAUGGGUUACCCUUCAUCGGAAACUUGCACCAGAUCGAUUACUCGAGCCUCCAUACUUUCCUAUGGCAACUCUCUAAAUCCUACGGCCCAGUCAUAUCUCUUCAAUUCGGUUUCAUUCCAGCUAUCGUUGUUUCUUCUGCGAAUGUAGCGAAAGAAGUCUUGAAAACCCAAGAUAUCAUCUUUUGCAAUAGGCCUUCAUUUGUCGGGUCAAAAAAGUUAAGUUACAAUGGCCUUGAUGUAACUUUUUCUCCCUAUAACGACUAUUGGAGAGAUAUGAGAAAGGUUUAUAUGUUUCAUUUGUUGAGCCCCAAAAAAGUAGAAUCUUUUAGGUAUAUUCGUGAAGACGAGGUCUCAAGUACCAUGAAGAAGAUAUAUGAGCUAGCUCUUUCGUCUAAGACGGUAAACCUGAGCGAAACUAUGAAGCAUGUGGCCAUUACUUUAGUGACAAGAGUGGGUUUUGGGAAGAGUUAUCAGGAUGAACAUGAAAGAAAAAAGGUUAUUGGAAAGAUGGAUCGGGUAGAAAAAUGCUUCAAAAGUCUUGAUUCAUUUUACGAAGAACUCAUUCGUGAACACCUCGACCCUCAAAACCGAAAGUCUAACGAGGAAGAAGAGGAUAUUGUUGACAUUCUACUCCGACUUAAGAAAGACAAAGAUUUCAAUUUCACUUACGACCACAUUAAAGGCAUGCUCGUGGAUAUCUUGGUAGCUGGGACAGAUACUAGUGCUGCUACAGUGAUUUGGGCAAUGACAGCAUUAGUAAGCGACCCAAAGGUAAUGAAGAAAACACAAGAAGAAGUGAGAAACGUAGUUGGAAAGAAGGGUAGAGUUGAUGAGGAUGAUCUUUCAAAGCUCACCUAUUUGAAGGCAGUUGUAAAAGAGACCCUAAGGUUAUAUCCUCCGGCUCCUCUUUUAGUACCUCGAGAAAGUCAGAAAGAUGUCAGUUUACAAGGCUACAAAAUCAAGAAAAAAACCGUAGUUUACGUGAAUGCAUUUGCCAUUGGAAGGGACCCUGAAGCUUGGGAGAACCCAGAGGAAUUUUUACCAGAGAGGUUUUUGGGUAGUGAUAUUGAUUUUAGAGGGAAUAAUUUUGAGUUCAUUCCAUUUGGAGGUGGUCGAAGAAUUUGUCCUGGAAUGUCGAUGGGUGUUGUGACAGUGGAGUUAUUGAUUGCUAAUCUUGUUUACUUGUUUGAUUGGGCUUUGCCCGAUGGCAUGAGGAAGGAAGACUUGGACUUUGAGGCGAUGGAAGGAAUAACCAUGCAUAAGCGGAAUGAUCUUUUCCUUGUAGCGCAUAUGUACUUGUAA